UUUUCACUAUGAUUGACAUGGGCGAUUCUCUGUCGUCAUAUACGGAAGUAAACAACGAAAAGACGCGGCUGCAAGUUUUCACAUCGAAAAUGUCCAUUUCCAGCACAAGACAAGUGUUUUCAGAUCUGAUCAUCCCCUUUGCCGGGACAGUUCUGGGUGGCCUGGUUCCAGGAGAAAUGGUGGUCUUGCAGGGUUCUGUGCCGCCUGGUGCUGUCAGGUUUCAGGUGGACUUCACCUGUGGCAGCGGCGUGAAGCCUCGCGCUGACGUGGCGUUUCACUUCAACCCUAGAAUGAAGAAGAUGUGCAUCGUCUGCAACACUCUGCAGAAGGAGCGGUGGGGCCGCGAGGAGAUCCUGUACAAGAUGCCCUUCAGGCACGGAGUGGACUUUGAGGUCAUCAUCCUCAUCCUGAAAGACAAGUUCAAAGUGGCUGUGAACGGGUCUCACCUGUUGGAAUACAAACACCGGAUGGAGCUGGAUCGGGUCGACACCAUCUGCAUCUCAGGAGACGUUCAAGUUCAGGCUCUGGGCAUCGUCCCUCCGAACUCUAGCUCCGCUUCUACCUCUGACAGUGGGAGCAGGAAGGACUCACUGGCCAUUGUGUCUGCAUCAGGUGACCUGAGCGUCCCCUUCAGAGGGCAGCUGGUCCCAGGGCUCAGCGUGGGGAGGAGCAUCGUCAUCCAGGCAGAAACCAGACCAUCCUCAAAGAGCACAGCUACAAAGCCCCCCUGUGAACACCCCCACCCCAUGAGGAGAGCACGCUCAGUCAGUCACCUGGAGUCUGAACCAGAUAAGGAGAAUGAACAUUUUCUUAAUUUUCACUAAAACUUCAGCGUGAUCAUCGUACUAUGAAGAGAUUUGUGGCUGAUUCAGAGACACACGGGUCGGUGCAGAUAAAGACAGAAUGAGGACAGCAGUCAUGCAGACCUUUUCAAAAUAGUUAAGGACAUUAUUAUGUAACCUGGACACGCAGAAACUGCCUGUCCUGGUCCUACUGGAUCUGAGUGCAGCGUUUGAUACAAUAGAUCAGAAUAUUUGACUGAACAGGCAGAGACGUUUGGGCCUCUCUGGUCCUGUUUAACUGCUUUCUUCCUAUCUCAAAGAUACAAGAGUUCAGGUCCAUCUUCUCUCCUGGGAGGGUUUCAGAAUUCCUCUGACUCGGGGAAAAAAACGUCUGAGCAUUUUGACCACAGAUAAGGGAAAGAACACCUAUUGGUUGUUUUUACUGUCAAAUAUCUGAUCAUUCUCUAUUGUUCCUGUCAGGAUGACAUCAUAUCCUCCAAACUGACAGACUUCAUUCCAGAUGAACAGAUUUUUCUCUUUAGUCAUAAGUAUGAAGUGUUUACAUUUUCUAUAGAUGACAGACCCAAUAUUCUCUCCCCCUUUCCAGUUUUAGUGUGAACCUGCGGGGGCGGAGCCACAAUGACAUUGCUCUCCACCUGAACCCCCAUCUGAACAGAGGCGUCUUUGUCAGGAACUCCUUCCUGUCUGAGUGCUGGGGCCCUGAGGAGACCGAGCUGGACUGCUUUCCCUU